CGCCUGAGUUCACCCACUGUUCAGGCGGUGUCUGACGACGUUACGGGACAGCAGCGGAGAUGCCCUGUUGAACACGGCGGAGCUGUGCUGCGGGUGUUUGAAAAAAAAAAGAGAGAGAGAGAGAGAGAGAGAGAGAGAAGACCUAAACAUGAUGUUCACCGGAGCUGAUAGCUGACACUGUAGAAUGAGAGAGGAUGGAGCAGACAGACAGCCCUGCCUCAGAGAGCAGCAACCCUAAUGGGUUUGUCAACCGAGUGUUCAAUGUUUCUCUGGAUGUGGAGAACGAGACAGGCAGUCUUUGUAUUCAGGAGACGGGGCCGGGGCCCGUGGAGGUGCAGAAAGAGAGCCAAGCUGCCUCCUCUCAGACCCCUGUCAAGGACAGACAGGAGGUCAACCGGAGGGCCCGUGCCACGGGGGGCAUCUGGCGCAUCUUAAACCGAAAGAGAGCCGUCUCUGAGCUGGAAAGGAGGCCCCACUCCAUGAUCCUCCCCGGAGAGGCUUCCAUCCCUAAACUCUCGUUUGCAGACAAAGUUCGGUCUUUUAAGAAGCUAAAAUCCCCUGCCGUGUUCAGAGGAAAAACAGGGAAGUUGUCCACUGCCAAGUUCACCAGCUCCUUGGUGGACGAGGAGUCUUUCUGCCGUGACAUCGGCACUCCGCAGCAGACCAGCAAGAGCACCCUUCGAAAUAGAGGGAAGAGGCAUUCGUAUGCCGGCUACACGGUGGACUUCGACUGCUCGUUUGAAGACCUGGACCUAUCUGCGCCAAUAGAUGGCCUCCAGCCCGCUGUUACAGGAGAGACUGUUGUCCAGAAUGGCUGUAAACCUUCUGAAAGAAUUUCAUACACUAAGAGAAGCAAUAGCAACUCAAACAGCUGCAACAAAGUCAGCGCAGACUGUGAGGAACCCAGUGUUAGGGGUAGCCCCAGAACCCAUCACAGUGGAGGGAGGAGGCACAAGGAUGUGUGGAGUUACCUGAGGAGGAUUUCCCUCUUGGGGAAAAGUAACCCCGUGUACUCAGAGAGAAGCUUUGACUCUGAGCUCCCCUCAUUGGACAAAACCAUGGACUCAGAUUUUGGAUCUGUAGACUUCGAGAGUGUCAGAGACUUUCAGCCGCCGCCCCCGAAACAAUCGGACACAAAGGGACACUUUGGUGGUCUCUUUAAGUUUUUUAAUAGUGUAGCAGAAUCUGCCAGAAAAUGGCGGACAACUUCACGGUCCUUCUCUCCUCCGGAGGGAGAGAGGACUCCGAUGACCUCCCCGCGGGCCCCACAGCGCUCAGUGGACAACAUUCACAGUGUUUCUCUCACACUCCACAAUGAAGGACCUUUAAAACCCCAACCAACAGAACUGUCGCCGCUCGUUGCUCAACCCUCAAAUCCCAGUAGCUUUGACGGUGAAACGCCAGCGCCCACAACCGGUGGACAAUCCCCCAAAGUUGCCCCAAAAGCCUUUAGAGCUUCUUCAGGAUCUCAAGCUGUUAAUGGCCUUCAGAGCCCGGACAACGCGACAAACCACAAAUCCACGGCGAUUGUAGAGAAUCAUAUUGAGGAUUCAAGUUUAAGCACAGAGGCUGAAGCUGAUGCUGAGAGGGUUCAGCUGAGCUGCCUGUGUCAAGAGGAAAAGGUAGGGGGACAGAAAGGAAAUGAGCAGGAUUCCAGGGAUACUCCGCUUGACUCCCACCAAGUACAGGAAGUGAAUGUCCAAUCACAACAAGGUGAUAAAGAAAGCACAACCAAUAGCGUAGCAGCCUCAGAUUCUACUGAAGAAAUUUUUAAGCUGUGUGAGCAGAUUGCCAGCAAGACAGGCUGCAGUGUGAGGCAGCCCGGACCAGCCCCGGCCCAGGCUUGCACAGAGAAGACCUCUGUGCCUCACAGGAGGUUGCUCCACCGUCCCCGUCCGGCCUCGGCGGUGCUGGACCUGUGGAGGUCCAACCCGGAACGUGAGAUCUACACGCACUAUAGCGAGGUGGGCUCCCUGCCCCGGCUGAGACGCCGGCCAGCUGCCACCAUGUUGCACUCCCCAGGGCAGAGACGGACGGCUGCGCGCUCCAGGCCUUGUUCUGUCAUAGAGAGCAGUGUUACUAGAGAGACCCAGUCGACGGAGCUGCCUCACAGAGCUUUGUCUCGCCCUCCGGGAGUGUCGCCACUCGAGCCCCCGCAAAGGGCAUCUCUGCAGCGGUGUCGCUCACUGCCCCUUCCCCCCAGCACUCUCACCGCCUUGGCUUUGCUCCUGCCUACUUCAGUGGACAUGGGCCAGUCGUCCUCGUCGGUGCGCCUGAGGUCCGGAGGCUCCACCAGCUGCAGGCGGAAGAGGCUGUUGAGACCCGGGUCAGAACCACUGCAGGUCAACAUAUUGAUAAGUGGAGGCUCGGUUGUCAACGCUGAGGCGGUAUGGGACCACGUGACCAUGGCGGAUCGGGAGCUGGCGUUUAAGGCCGGCGACGUCAUAAAGGUGCUGGACGCUUCCAACAAGGACUGGUGGUGGGGCCAGAUCGAUGAGGAGGAGGGAUGGUUCCCCGCCAGCUUUGUACGGGUGGAACCCCACCCUCCUCAGCCCCAAACAAAACAGGUUUUCUAUAUCAACCCCAUAGCAACUCCACGGUUCCAAAACACCACGUCAAAGCUGUGGGUGAACCAGGAGGACGGCGCGGCAGAGCCGGCCGAGGGGACCAGCGAGGUGCAGAACGGGCACCUAGAUCCGACCAAUGACUGCCUGUGUCUGGGCUCCCCCCUUCAAAACCGAGACCAAAUGAGGGCUAACGUCAUCAACGAGAUCAUGAGCACAGAGAGACACUACAUUAAACACCUCAAGGACAUCUGUGAGGGUUACUUGCGCCAGUGCAGGAAGCGUGUGGACAUGUUCAACGACGACCAGCUCAAGGUCAUUUUUGGAAACAUAGAGGACAUCUACCGCUUCCAGAUGGGCUUUGUCAGAGAUCUGGAGAAACAGUACAACACAGAGGAACCGCACCUCUCUGAAAUCGGGCCGUGCUUUUUAGAACACCAAGACGGAUUCUGGAUCUAUUCAGAAUACUGCAACAACCACUUGGAUGCCUGCAUGGAGUUAAGCAAACUGAUGAGGGAUGGCAGGUAUCAGCACUUCUUCGAGGCUUGUCGCCUCCUCCAGCAAAUGAUUGACAUCGCUAUAGACGGCUUCUUGCUCACCCCUGUCCAGAAAAUCUGCAAAUAUCCCCUACAGUUGGCCGAGCUCCUCAAAUACACAGCACAAGACCACAGCGACUAUCGAUACGUGGCAGCUGCUUUGGCCGUAAUGCGGAACGUCACUCAGCAGAUCAAUGAGAGGAAGAGGCGGUUGGAGAACAUCGACAAAAUCGCCCAGUGGCAAGCCUCCGUUCUCGACUGGGAGGGAGAUGAUAUUUUAGACAGGAGCUCUGAGCUUAUCUACACCGGGGAGUUGUCAUGGAUCUAUCAGCCGUAUGGACGCAGCCAGCAGCGAGUCUUCUUCCUCUUUGAUCACCAGCUGGUGCUCUGUAAGAAGGACCUGAUACGUCGGGACAUACUCUACUACAAGGGCCGCAUCGACAUGGAUCGCUACGAAGUUCGGGACGCCAUCGACGGCCGGGACGACGACUUUAACGUCAGCGUUAAGAAUGCUUUCAAGUUGUUCAACAAAGACAGCGAGGAGAUCCACAUCUUCCUGGCCAAAAAGCCCGAAGAGAAGAUCCGCUGGCUCAGGGCCUUCCACGAAGAGCGGAAGAUGGUGCAAGAGGACGAGAAAAUUGGUUUUGAGAUCUCUGAGUACCAGAAGCGACAGGCAGCCAUGACAGUGAGAAAGGUGACCAAACAGAAAGGUGUAAACAGGUGCACGCCCCCCUCAUACCCGCCCCCGCAGGACCCCCUCAGCGCGGGGCAGUAUGAGGUAACGGAGGACAUGGCACAAGGAGAGGUUUUUGAAUUCAGUCAAUCCAAGAGAGGCCAGGGGCCUUUCUGGCAGAAUUUUAGUAGAUUAGCUCCAUUUAAGAAAUAGAGAAACACAGACUCUUCUGAAGGACCAGCUAUUUUUCUUAGAAGCACUAAACACUGGAUGAUUACGUCCCAUGAUGAAGAAAACACAACCACCACAAACACACAGGAGACUCUGAAGUUAAGGACCAAUGUUACUAUAUGAUUUGAUCGGAAACACCAAGAGGACUUUGAGACUUGAAUUUCAAAAUUGAGGAUAAAAAAAAAAAAGACACACCUUUACAACAAUUCUUCUUUGUUAGUAACGUCAUCACGCUUCUUCUCCAGCUGACUCUGCUGUCACAGACUUUAUCCCUCCGAUUCUGCACAUUCACACCUUCUGAAUGUUCUGGAGUUAUUAAGAUUGUUAAAUGAUUUUGCUUUGAGCCCAUCGUCGUUGUCAUCAUCAUCAUCGUCAUCUUCUGGAAAUAGCAAGCCUUCGAGGUUAAGCUGGGUCGGUCCUCGUGGGAGCGAGACCGCGCCGCGAUCCCUCUGAAUGUGAGCUCGACGGAUGACACGGGAACCCGAUGCGCUCAGGACCCGCCCAGCUCGACAAUCCCAGACGGAUCAGGCCGUCGCCGCUCCACUGAAACCAUCCAUCCACACUUACUUAUGAAAGCCCCUCUCCGUUUUAUUUAUUUUUAUUUUUUUUUUUUAAUGUCUGCCUCCAAGUCUUCCCUUCCUGCUCCUCUUGUCCUCUCUAUCUCCCGGUCCACCUGCUCAGCUUCUUCCUCGCAGAGGAAGAGUUUCAUUCUUUUGGAAACCUGCCACCGGCCAUGAUAUGACAGGUCAGGGAACAAAUCAAUAGUCGGAACAUCAAUAGAAUAUUUACAUCCCCUCGCCAGUUGCUCGUGACAGGGUAUUCACAUCGGCUCACAGCGAUGCUCAGCGCGUCCCGCUCAGAUGAGCCGUCUGCGAGCAGGAGAUAGGCAGGGUACGGUCGGCCUGCCUCGCGUCACAGUCCCCCCACGCCGCCACUCUCCCCAGAGACCACCCCUGUAGCACUGUGCUGGCAGCUUACUGGGUGUUUGGAAAAGAGUACAGCCUACCUCCAGAAAUGAGCAGUAAAAGUCAAGUUGAUGCAUCGGCCAAGGUCCAAAAAGAAAAA